UUGAGAUGAUGAGCGCAUGUGUUCACCGCGCGACGAACAUGUCACGUGAAGAAAAAGCAGCAUUUCCUGAGCGAUGUCUCAGUGGUUUACAAGACAUGGAUGGCGGCAUGAACGCAUCUUCCAUGGAACUAUCCAACAAUGAUCUCAUGGCGCCGAGCUUCCCCGAAGAGCUCCUGCGAGUUAACAUGACAAACUUGAUCGCGUACUCUGUCCUGUUUCCGAUGGCAGCUGUGGGCAAUCUCCUGGUCUUGAAUUCGCUGUUCAACAACCGACGAUGCAAGUCAAGGAUUAACUUGAUGAUCUUAAACCUCUCCUUUGCGGAUAUGAUCGUCACUUUCGUAUUUUUGCCAGUCGAAGUGAUUUGGAACCUGACCAUUCAGUGGCCGUUUGGUGAACUUGGCUGUAAGGUGUACAAAUUUUUCUCGGCUUUUGGAUUCUACACGUCAUCGAUGAUUCUGGUGUGCAUUAGUCUAGACAGAUACUUCGCCGUGCUGCACCCACUCAAAGUUAACGAUGCGCAACGCCGGGGGAAAAUCAUGCUUUUCUUCGCAUGGGUCAUCUCAGCGUACAUAUCAUUACCGCAGAUGGUAAUGUUCAGCGUCCAAACUCAUCCCGUUCACCAGAACUUCAAACAGUGCGUGUCGUUUGAGUUUUUCGAAGGCAUGCCGCAUGCCAAGAUGGUCUACACGAUUCUCUGCAUAUGUUUCCUCUAUUUCAUGCCUCUCGCCAUCAUUCUUGUUGCCUACACAAGGAUAAUCAUCGAGAUUAGCAAGAAGAGCAAAGAAACCGAAGACGAGGAGUCCAAGGCAGUGCAGCAGCAGCAUGGGGGGAGGAUGCAUUUGCGUCGCUCCAACCUGUCCAGCCUGGAGCGCGCCCGCACGCGCACUCUGCGCAUGACUUUCAUCAUCGUCAUCGCUUUCAUCUGGUGCUGGACGCCGUAUGCGCUCGGAACCAUGUGGAACUUCAUCGACAAAAGCUCCUUCGAGAACAUGAACAAGUCCCUGCAGGACAUGAUCUUCCUGCUCGCGGUGAGCAACUCAGUGGUGAACCCGCUUGUGUACGGGCGCUACAUCAUCCCUUGCUGCCGCCACAUCGGGCCGCGCAAGCCCCGCCCACGCCGCCACUCCCUGCAGCUGCAGCGUAACUCCUCCCUUGGCUGCAACGACGCCAUCACCAGGGAGUCCUCGCCUCCACUUGCUACGAUGGUCUGCACUUAAAGGCACAGCUACGAUGGUCUGCACUUAAAGGCACGACAGCUACGAUGGUCUAUACUUAAUGGCGUGACAGCUACGAUGGUCUGCACUUGAAGGGACGGCCGUUACGAUGGUCUGCAGGUAAUGGCACAAUAGCUGCUAUGGUCUGCACCUAAU